UUAAAGACUUCGCGGCCGCCGUCCCGCGCCCCGGCUCCCCGAGCGCACCCCGGGCCUCAGCAGGCGCCGCCCGCGCGCCCCCGGGGUACCCCCGCGCUCCCCCUGCUCCGGACCCUCGGGGUCCCCGCGCUCCCCGCGAUGGCGGGCGCCUGGCUCCGCUGGGGGCUGCUGCUGUGCGCGGGGCUGCUGGCGGGCGCGGCGCGGGGCCGGCUGCGCAGGGUCACCUACGUGCUGCGCCCCGCGCCCCCGCGGCCUUUCGGGGUGGCGCUCAGCGCCAGGUACGGCCGCAGCUCGCCCGGCACCCCCAGCCGCGCCGCCCCCGGCCCCCCCGCCGCUCCGCCCGGGCCCCCCCGCAUCCCCCCGCGCGUCCCCGCGCCCGUCGGCCACCCCGCGCCCGCCCCGCGCCCCCGGGGGCCCCCGCCAGACUCGCGGAGCGCCCCGCAGACGCCGCCGCAGGGGGUGAACAUGUGUGGAGGUCAGUGCUGCCCCGGCUGGAGCAGGGCCGUGGGCUCCCAGAGGUGCACGAAACCGAGCUGUGUGCCACCGUGCCAGAAUGGAGGGAUGUGUCUCCGGCCUCAGCUGUGCGUGUGCAAACCUGGCACCAAGGGGAAAGCCUGUGAGAAGAUGGCCGCUCAGGGCACCUCAGCACCUGUCUUAGGAGGGCCUGGGGCCAUGUCCUUGUGGGGCCCCCCUGAGCCAGCAGCCAAGCUCGCGGCCUUGAAGAAGGCAGAUGUUUUGCCUGGAGCCAGCCCCGGGGCCCAGGUGACCCUGACCCUCAAGCCGAAGCCUGCGGUGGGACUCGCCCAGCAGACACGUGCCCAGGUGGUGCCUCUAGCCUCCCAGAAUGUGGUGAUUCACCAUGGCCAGACCCAGGAGUAUGUGCUCAAGCCCAAGUACUUUGCCACCCAGAAGGUGAUUUCCGGAGAACAGGCGACAGAAGGUUCAUUUCCCUUCAGAUUUGGGCAGGAGCAGCUCCCCUCGCCUUUCCAAAUAAGCAACCACACCGGCCGCAUCAAGGUGGUCUUCACGCCCAGCAUCUGCAGAGUCACCUGCACCAAGGGCAACUGCCACAACAGCUGCGAGAAGGGCAACACCACCACGCUCAUCAGCGAGAACGGCCACGCCGCAGACACCCUCACGGCCACCAACUUCCGAGUGGUCAUCUGCCACCUGCCUUGUAUGAAUGGCGGCCAGUGCAGCUCGAGGGACAAGUGCCAGUGUCCACCCAGCUUCACGGGGAAGCUGUGUCAGAUCCCGGUGCAUGGUGCCAACGUGCCCAAGCUGUACCAGCAGACGCAGCAGGCCGCCAAGGCGCUGGGCACCCAUGUGGUCCACUCCACACACACCCUGCCGCUCACCGUGGCCAGCCAGCAGGGUGUCAAAGUGAAGUUUCCCCCCAACAUUGUCAACAUCCAUGUGAAGCAUCCGCCUGAGGCCUCCGUCCAGAUCCACCAGGUCUCGCGAGUGGAUGGCCCGACGGGCCAGAAGGUGAAGGAGGCUCCGAGCCAGCCCCAGCUUUCCUCCCGGGGGCUCCCGGUGCAGAAGCCCCAGCCCGCAGCCCCCACCUACACCCGCCAGCAGCACCUCCCUCACCUCUACCCGGUGGCGGCCAAGACGCAGCUGGGCCGCUGCUUCCAGGAGACCACGGGCUCCCAGUGUGGCAAGGCCCUCCCAGGCCUGUCCAAGCAGGAGGACUGCUGCGGGACCGUAGGCACAUCCUGGGGCUUCCACAAGUGCCAGAAGUGCCCCAAGAAACCAGCUUACCAUGGCUACAACCAGAUGAUGGAGUGCUUACAAGGCUAUAAGCGGGUGAACAACACCUUUUGUCAAGAUAUCAAUGAGUGCCAACUCCAGGGGGUGUGCCCUAAUGGUGAGUGUUUGAACACCAUGGGCAGUUAUCGAUGCACCUGCAAACUGGGAUUUGGGCCGGAUCCUACCUUUUCAAGUUGUAUUCCGGACACCCCAGUGAUCUCCGAGGAGAAGGGGCCCUGUUACCGCCUCGUCAGUGCCGGCAGGCAAUGCAUGCACCCCCUGUCCGUCCAUCUCACCAAGCAGCUCUGCUGUUGUAGCGUGGGCAAGGCCUGGGGCCCCCACUGUGAGAAAUGCCCCCUCCCAGGCACAGCCGCUUUUAAGGAAAUCUGUCCUGGUGGAAUGGGUUAUACGGUGUCUGGUGUUCAUAGACGCAGGCCAAUCCUUCACCAUGUAGGUAAAGGACCUGUAUUUGUCAAGCCAAAGAACACUCAACCUGUUGCUAAAAGUACUCAUCCUCCACCUCUCCCAGCCAAGGAAGAGCCGGUGGAGGCCCUGACCUUCUCCCGCGAACACGGGCCAGGAGCGGCCGAGCCCAAAGUGGCAACUGUUCCCCCGGAGAAGGAAAUAUCUUCAUUGGAUCAGGAGAAAAUCAAACUUGAACCCGGGCAGCCCCAGCUCUCCCCUGGCGUCUCAACGAUUCACCUACACCCACAGUUCCCAGUAGUGAUUGAAAAAACAUCACCCCCUGUGCCUGUGGAGUUGGCUCCAGAAGCUUCUACAUCCAGUGCCAGCCAGGUGAUCGCACCUACGCAAGUGACAGAAAUCAAUGAGUGCACUGUGAACCCCGAUAUCUGUGGAGCGGGGCACUGUAUCAACCUGCCUGUGAGGUACACCUGCAUCUGCUACCAGGGCUACGUGUUCAGUGAGCAGCAGAGGAAAUGUGUUGACAUCGAUGAGUGUGCUCAGGCCCAACACCUUUGCUCACAUGGCCGCUGUGAGAACACGGAGGGGAGUUUCUUGUGCAUCUGCCCGGCUGGGUUCAUGGCCAGUGAGGAUGGUACCACAUGCAUAGAUGUGGACGAGUGCCAGAGGCCACAGGUGUGCGGGGAGGGACACUGCAUCAACACACUGGGGGCCUUCCGCUGCGAGUACUGCGACCGCGGCUUCCGUAUGACCCGGGGUGGCCGUUGCGAGGAUAUCGAUGAGUGCUUAACACCCAGCAUCUGUCCAGAGGAGCAGUGUGUGAAUUCUCCAGGCUCCUAUCAAUGUGUUCCCUGCACCGAAGGCUUCCGGGGAUGGAACGGACAGUGUCAUGAUGUCGAUGAGUGCCUGGAGCCCAGAGUCUGCACCAAUGGCACCUGCUCCAACCUGGAAGGUUCUUACAGGUGCUCCUGCCACCGAGGCUACUCUCCAACCCCUGACCACAAGCACUGCAAGGAUGUCGAUGAAUGCCAGCAGGGGAACCUCUGUGUGAACGGGCAGUGCAGAAACACUGAUGGCUCCUUCAGAUGCACCUGUGGGCAGGGCUUCCAGCUCUCCAUGGCCAAGGACCAGUGUGAAGACAUUGAUGAGUGCCAGCACCACCACCUGUGCACCCACGGGCAGUGCAGGAACACAGAAGGCUCCUUCCGCUGUGUCUGUGACCAAGGCUACAGAGCCUCUCUGCUCGGAGACCGCUGUGAAGAUAUCAACGAAUGCCUGGAGGACAAGAGCGUUUGCCAGGGCGGGGACUGCAUCAACACGGAAGGAUCAUAUGACUGCACCUGUCCAGGAGGAUUCCAGCUCAAUGACAAUAAAGGAUGUCAAGAUAUUAAUGAAUGUGAGCAGACUGGACUCUGUGGUCCCCAUGGAGAGUGUCUAAAUACAGAUGGCUCCUUCCACUGUAUCUGCGAACAGGGUUUUUCCAUCUCUGCAGAUGGCCACACAUGUGAAGAUAUUGAUGAAUGUGUAAACAACACCGUGUGUGACCUACACGGGUUUUGUGACAAUACGGCCGGUUCCUUCCGCUGCCUGUGUUACCGGGGCUUUCAAGCCCCACAGGAUGGGCAAGGGUGUGUGGAUGUGAACGAGUGUGAACUGCUGAGUGGCGUGUGCGGAGAGGCCUCCUGCGAGAACGUGGAGGGUUCCUUCCUGUGCGUGUGUGCCGACGAGAGCCAGGAGUACAGCCCCAUGACGGGCCAGUGCCGCGCCCCAGCCCCACCAGACUUAGAUGUGGACCUGCCCCGGGAAGAAAAGAAAGAGUGCUACUACAACCUCAAUGACGCCAGUCUCUGUGACAAUGUGCUUGCCCCCAACGUCACCAAGCAGGAGUGCUGCUGUACUUCUGGGGCAGGGUGGGGUGACAACUGUGAGAUCUUCCCCUGCCCUGUGCUGGGCACAGCUGAAUUUGCUGAAAUGUGUCCUAGAGGGAAAGGUUUCGUCCCCACUGAAGAAUCCUCCCUCGAUGUUGGUGGCGAGAACUUUAAAGAUGCGGAUGAAUGCUUACUCUUUGGUCAAGAAAUCUGCAAGAAUGGCUAUUGUCUGAACACACAGCCUGGUUAUGAGUGCUAUUGUAAACAAGGAACCUACUAUGAUCCUGUGAAGUUGCAGUGUUUUGAUAUGGAUGAAUGUCAAGACCCCAGCAGUUGUAUUGAUGGACAGUGUAUUAAUACAGAAGGCUCAUAUAACUGCUUCUGCACACACCCCAUGGUCCUAGAUGCUUCGGAAAAAAGAUGCAUACAUCCAACUGAAUCGCAUGAACAAAUUGAAGAAACCGAUGUCUACCAAGAUCUGUGCUGGGAACAUCUGAGUGAGGAGUACGUGUGUAGCCGGCCCCUGGUGGGCAAGCAGACGACCUACACUGAGUGCUGCUGUCUCUACGGGGAGGCCUGGGGCAUGCAGUGUGCCCUUUGCCCCAUGAAGGAUUCAGAUGACUACGCCCAGUUGUGUAACAUCCCUGUGACAGGACGCCGGCAGCCAUAUGGACGGGACGCCUUGGUGGACUUCCAGGAGCAAUAUGCUCCAGAGACCAACCCCUACUUCAUCCAGGACCGUUUUCUGAACAGCUUUGAGGAGCUGCAGGCCGAGGAGUGUGGUAUCCUCAACGGCUGUGAGAACGGCCGCUGUGUGCGAGUGCAGGAGGGCUACACCUGCGACUGCUUUGAUGGCUACCACCUGGACAUGGCCAGGAUGACGUGUGUUGAUGUGAACGAGUGUGACGAGUUGAACAACCGGAUGUCGCUCUGUAAGAAUGCCAAGUGCAUCAACACCGAGGGCUCCUACAAAUGUCUCUGUCUGCCUGGCUAUGUUCCUUCAGACAAGCCCAACUACUGCACACCCUUGAACCCAGACAAAGACAGUGACCUGGAGUAGGAGGAACCUGAGUGUUGCCCACACCCAUAUACUCUGCACUGUGUGAAGGCGAAGAGAAACGUUCAUAUACUUGACCUUGCACCGAACCCAGAAUGUUGGCAAUAUGGAACCACCCCUGACGGACUGUCCUCAGGAGAGCAUGUGGUGUGACAGACCAAAGGACAUUUCUCUGAGACCCAGUAUAUAUCAUCUGUUCAUAUGUGAGACCCAGCGGGAGAGAGGUGGAGCAGUGCUAUUAUUUUAAACAGAAGAUUGUAUUAUUAUGUUGUUAAUUUUUUUUUUUUUUUUACUAUUGCUUUAUCAAAUUUAAAUCGUGGUGGAAAUAUUUUAUGUAAUGUCUUUUUUUUUUUUUUGAUUGUGCAGUUCUUUCAGAUUUAUUUUUUAACUGUUGCUACACCAGGGGACACAAUUCCUGGUCUGGGACAUUUUGAAAAUCCAAAUUGUCUGUCCUGUGGAGCAGGCAAUGGCUAUGUUUCUAAGCUUUUCAAUGCAUUUGGAGCAAAGUCCUUUACCGUUUGUGUCUUGUCUAAUGUCCACUCUUAGCCAAGCUGCUAGCCAGCCUCCAUCAUUGUACCCCACUCCCCCUUCUGACAUUGAAAUGGAAUAACUGAGGAGCUUACAUCUGUAUUGGAAGGUUGUAAAGUAAGCCCAGCCAAAAAAAAAAGUUUUAAA